AUGGCUUCUGGGGGUGGUGAACUAACGAUAUUCGUUCAAAACAUUGCCGAUCUCUAUUUCUAUACGCAUCCGCUCAUGUUCGGGACGCCUAUGAUCUUUUGCGUUGUCUUCAAAAGCUUCCCAUGCACGGAUGGACCGAAGUGUCUCGUUAUUCGGGCUUUGUGCGGCCUGUUGAUCAACUUGAUCCAGCCUCCACUCGAGAUAUGCGAGUCUGCUUUCGAGAUGAAGAAGAUUUCGAGCGCUGAGUCGAUCAAAUUUACGGAAAACAAACGUCUCGUAGUCUGGUAUGGCGGCAAUCCUUCGUGCCAGGGCAGAAAAGCCUUUUCUCUCCGUCACGUUUUCGACAUCCAUGAGAUUAGGUCAAAAUCGCAUUCGAAGCUCUACAAGGCGCUGAAGAGUGGCGCUCUUCAUCUAAUGGCGAACUCAUGCAGUGGCCAUGUUCAACAUGAUGAAGAGAGCAAGUCAAUGGAAAUGAAGGGAGGCAACUCAGAGACGAAAAUCACAGGUCACACACAUGACGCCAUGCACAGGGCCUACGCUCUGUGGCCUGUGGCGUGGCAGUCUGCUGGUGAGUGA